AAAAUAACCAAUGCAGACUUCCGGCGGGUGAUAAUAUAAUUUUAAUGACCAAAUUCUUCAGCUGAAUUAAUGUAUUUAUAGUAUGACAUUUUGUGUGAAUUUAUCGAACAGCACCGUCGGAGCGGAAACAAAGUAGUUCCAGCCGCGUUUUUGCCGGUGUAUUGUUAACGAGGGACAAGGUGCUCCCGAGCAGAUCACAUCCAGUAAAAAGAUCAUGAGCAAGGACUCACAGAUGAGGGCUGCUAUUAACCAGAAGCUGAUUGAAAUGGGCGAGAGGGAGCGGUUGAAAGAGUUGCUCAGGGCAAAGCUGGUGGAAUGCGGUUGGAAGGAUCAGCUUAAGGCACACUGCAAAGACGUGAUUCGAGAAAAAGGCCUCGACCAUGUCACGGUGGAGGACCUCGUCAACGAAAUCACACCAAAAGGCAGAGCACUGGUUCCCGACAGCGUGAAAAAGGAGCUCCUGCAGAGAAUCCGCGCGUUUCUUGCUCAACAUGCGGCCUUGUGACCAACACCUCUGCUGUCUGCUUUUUUUUCUCUUUUUUUAACCCAUUUCAGCUAGCAAGAUAGAUCCAUAGGUAAAACCCAGACUGAGGUUCAUUUACAUCGUGUUGUUUUGUAAUGCGUUUCAUAUUUUCUUUUGUUUUGUUUGUUUGUUAUACAAGCAUUUUUUGGAGAAAAGAAAUAAAAGUCAUGCCUAUUUUGGUUA